CCCCGCUUUGAUCCCUCCGCGCUGCCUCCUUCGCUUCUCGCGCUCUCCUCUCUGCUCCCAAAGCAACUCGCCAGGAAUGCCUGUCUGAAGAAGCUGGUGCCUGAGGGAGGCAGCUGCUAGGUCCCCGGGCAGGACUGCGCUUUGUACGGCCCGCUGAAGUGUAUCAGUAGCCAUGUUCGGUGCUGAAGAAGGGGGGCGGGACUCAUCCAUUCCCCCCCCCCCCACACACACACAAGGGCGCGAGUCUGGGGGGGGGGGGCGCGCAAUGGCUAUACGCGUGGGAUGCCGCAGCACCUUUGCGAUCACGGGAGAAAUGGGGAGCUCUUUGGAAACUGCUUGAAUGUCGAACGGCCUGAUUCUAAGCCAGCCUCAUUCAGGCUCAUGGGAUGCGCACUGCCGAGUAAGAGAGUGAAAGAAACCAUCAGAAAGUGAAGCUUACAUUGUACCCUUCAGUCUAAGCUGCGUGUGCAUCCACAACUUAGUUGAACCAUGAGCCUUGCACUCCAUGACCUGUUGGCUUGCUGCCGUCAACUUGAUAGUGACAAGGCCACAGAACGGAAGAAAGAAAUUGAAAAGUUCAGACGUCUCAUCCGUGAUUCUGAUACAGUCCAGCAGCUGGAUCGGAAUUCUGAUUCCAAACAUGGAAAACAGAUGAACUGGGAUACCAUAUUCAGGUUUUUGCAGAAAUACAUUCAGAAAGAAACUGAAAGUGCCAGGUUAGCAAAACCAAAAGUGUCUUCCUCAACCCAAGCAUCAUCAAGACAAAAAAAGAUGCAGGAGAUCAGCAGUUUGGUGAAAUAUUUCAUCAGAUGUGCCAAUAAAAGAGCACCCAGAUUAAAAUGUCAAGAGCUUCUGGUCUAUGUCAUGGAAACAGUGAAUGAUCCAUCAAGUUACAAUAUUUAUGGAGCUGAUUGUAGUAGUAUAUUGCUGAAGGAUAUUCUUGCAGUUAGGAAAUAUUGGUGUGAGAUACCUUCACAACUGUGGCCAGAUCUCCAAAGUCUGUACUUCAGAUUGUUCCUUGAACCUUCCAGAAAUAUCAACAAAGUUUUGGUGGCCAGAAUAAUUUAUACACUGACCAGAGGACUGUGCUUCCAAACAGACGUGUUGAAUUCUAAUCUUUUCAGCUUCUUUUCAGAAGCAGUGCAGUGUGCAAGGCGAGAAAGAAACCCUGCAGGCCUUGAUUAUAUUUUUGCAGCAAUAAACAUAUUUUUUAGUGUCUGUGCGAUGAACUACCGUAUGCGGGUUUGUAAGCUGGGAGAGGAAAUUCUUCCAAUUAUUGUUUAUAUAUGGGCUCAGCAUAAUCCAAAAGAUUCCUUGAAGGAGCAGAUCAUUCAACUAGUUCAGCUGCAGGUUCGUGUACAUCAUCCAAAUGGAGCGAAAACCCAAGAAAAAGGAGCAUUUGACUCGGCAAAAUGGAAAAACGUUUUGUACAGCCUCUAUGAUCUGUUGGCUAAUGAGAUAAAUCUCAUAGGCAGCAGAGGAAAGUAUUCUUCAGGCUCACGCAAUAUUGCUCUAAAGGAAAACCUGGUUGAGUUAAUGGCUGAUAUUUGUCAUCAGAUCUUCACUGAAGACACCAAAGUUCUGGAUAUAAGUCAGGCAUAUGCUGAUGCACAGAGAGACUGUGGUGAUGCAGGAGGACAAUCCAAACGUAGGAGAAUUGAAUUGGGUUGGGAAGUGAUUCAGGACAACCUGCAGAGAUCACAGAAUGACUUCGAUGUCAUACCCUGGUUGCAGAUUACAGCCAGAUUAGUAGCAAAGUACCCUAUGAGUCUUCCUCAUCAAGAGCUGCCUCACUUACUUGGUAUACUUUACCAGCUACUGUCUCAGCAGCGUCGAGGGGAUCGGCUGCCUUAUUUGUUAAGGUGCCUCAAAGAGGUUGCAUUGUGUCAAAGCCAAAAAGUAGAUCUAAAAACCACACAGAAAUUAGAGAUGCAACGAACAUGGUCAAAAAUUUGGUCUUUUGUUGUUCGUAGUAUAAGUCUUCAGCAAACUGAAAUGGAAAGUUUUGGAUUACUUGGAAUCAUAAUUCAAAGAAACUUAAUAACAAUAGACAGAGAAAUUUGGAAGAUAUUCUCAGGAUCUGCGUGCAAGCCUUCAAGUUCUGCAGUACAGUGCUUGGCAAUAGCAAUGACAACUUUGACAGUGCCGGAAACAUUGAACAUUCAGCCAGUACAGAAUAAUUGGGAAGGAAACACAGUUUACACAUUAAAAGAAACAAUAGUGAAGUGGCUUUUGUUCUGUCAUUUGGAGAAAGAUAUGGAAGACAGUUUGGAGCUGCCUCCUGUUCUGUGCAGUGCCUUUCCUAAUCUAGUAUUGCAGAAAGUUCUUGUAAGUCUGACUAUGAAGAACUGUAGAGCUGCAAUGGCAUUUUUCCACAAUAUUUCAGAAUGUUUGCAACAUGUACAAGACAAAGAAGCAGUCAGUCUUUCAGAAAUUGAAACCUUCUAUGUGCAAACAACUUUUGAGGAAAUUGAUAUUUUUAUAAAUACGGCGGUUAAUAUAUCUGAAGACAAACUGUCUGGUUCCAGACUAGCUGUCAAUCAGAAAUUUAAAGAAGCCCUAGAGCAUGAUCUCUUAACAAUGUCUGAGCAGCUUAGUAGCUUUUCUCAAGAAACAAUGCCUAUAGAAGUUCUUCUGCGUUGUGCCAGUCUCUUGAGUGGAGUUCUUGGCUGCUAUUGUUAUGCUGGCAUACUAACAGAAGAGGAAGCAUGUACAUCGAAGCUUUUUCAUAAAGCCAAGUCUCUUAUGCAUGAUGUAGAAGAAAGCAUUUCUCAUUCUAAAAGCAAGCUAAAUGAAAAUUCUAGGAUCGUUUCAUUGAGGGCUUUAAUACUACAAUGUACUAGUUGCUUGUGUAACUGUACGCAGAAUAGUCCAAGAAAGAUCCUGUCUGGCAUUUUCUUGCAUUUGUUAACAUCAAAGCUGAUGAAUGAUCUUACAGAUAUUUGCAAACAUUUGAUGUUUUUUACUGGAAAGCCAAGUGAAGCUGGAGAAGUAGAUUUAAUGGAAGACGAUUGUGAAGAGACUAGUAUUGAAGGAGAAAACCGGACUGUCUUGGACCCAUUGGAAGAUCACUCUGCAGAAUCUGGUGAUGUAACUGAGGCUGGAGAGCUGCAAACGUUGACAGGUGCCACAAGCCCAUUAGCAGAAGAACAUCUGACUAAGCAGGACUUGCUCCUCCUUGAUAUUUUAAAGUUCUUGUGCAUAGCUGUAACAGCAGCCCCAGUCCAAACAGUUUGCUUUAGAGCAGCUGAUGUUCGGAGGAAACUCUUAAUGCUAAUUGAUGGAAAUGCAUUUGAUUACAUUAAACCACUGCAUCUGCAUAUGUAUUUAACCUUGUUGAAGGAGCUUCCCAGUGAAGAAAAUCUGUUGCCAGAAGAUGACGUUGUGUUACUUCUCAAACCACUUCCGGCUGUAUGUUCUUUUUAUCGUCGAGAUCAAGAAGUUUGCUCAGCAAUUUUAAGUAAUCUCCUUCCUAUGGUGACUGCUUUGGGCAUUGCUGAAACAAAUAAUGAAGAUCUAAGUGAAGCUCGAGGACAAUUUUUAACUGUCGUUGGAGCAUUUUGGCACUUAGCAAAUGAAGGGAAAUGCACAGCUCCAGUAAGAAUAGCAUUAGUGAACUGUAUGAAAGCUUUACUUCAGGCUGAUCCUUGUUCAGAAUGGGCCAUGCUUAAUGUGAAAAAUGAAGAUCUGCCUGUGAGCGAUGCUUUCCCUCACUUCCUUGCAGAUAGCAACUUUCAAGUUUGCAUGGUUGCAGCCAAGUCAAUAAAAAGUUUAUUUCAAGAAGUGAAGCUGAGAGAGUCUUCUCCUGAAUUACUGAAAGCUCUUCCUUUGAAGCUCCAGCAAAGGGCUUUUGACAAUCUGUACUUGAAGGUUCAAGAAGGAACAAAGAAAUUGGCACAUGGUUCUGGGGACCAAGAGAAUCUUCCUGAUGAAGAGCAUAAUAGAAAAUCAGUUCUCCUCAUGUUAAUAACAAUGGUUUUAUGCUGCAGUCCUGUGUGUGAAAAGCAGGCAUUGUUUGCAGUUUUCCAGUGUAUAAAAGAAAAUGGAUUAGAUUCUCAGCUAGUAAGAAAGGUAUUAGGAAAGGUUUCUGGCACUUUUGGUUAUAAAAGUGUAGAAGACUUCAUGAAUACCCACUUAGAUUAUCUUGUCCUAGAAUGGCUGAACUGUGGAUAUAGCCUUUCUGUUUUCCCAUAUGUUUUAUUGAAUUACUCUAGUCUGGAGGAGUUCUACAGGUCAUGUUACAAAGUAUUGAUUCCACAGCUGGUGAUUAGAGAGCAGUUUGAAGAGGUGAAAUCCAUUUCUAGCAAGAUUGAAAAAGAACAGCAGCAGCUUCUGGCACAUUGCUUUCCCAAAAUCCUUGUCAAUAUUCUCCCUUAUUUUGCCUGCCAAACCCAUGAAGAUGAUGACAUUGCACAGAAAAGCGAGACAGCUUGUAAAGUAUUUGACAUGCUGAAAGAGGAACGCUUUUUAGGAAAACAGUUGAUAGACAACUUGUUUCAUAGUAAUUUACCAGAAAUUGUAGUGGAAGUGUUGAUGACCUUGCAUGAGCCAGUCCAUCUCAAGGCAGGAGAAGAUGCUGACCUAACUAGAUUUGCAGGUGAUCUGGAUCCUACUCCUAAUCCCCCUCAUUUCCCAUCAUAUGUCAUCAAAGCAACACUGGAUUACAUUAGCAGUUGCCACAAAACCAAGUCGAAAAGUCUUGUAGCAAUUCUUUCCAAGAACCCUGAGUCAUUCCAGAAAAUCUUACUUGCCAUCUGUAAGCAAGCAUCUGGAACAAGUAAUAGUUACAAAAAACAUAGAAUUCUUAUGAUAUAUCAUUUUUUUGUUAAUUUAUUGCUGAAAGAAAUAAAGGAUGGUUUAGGAGGAGCAUGGGCUUUUGUGCUUCGGGAUGUCAUUUAUACUAUGAUUCACCACAUUAGCAACAAGCCUCCUGUUCUCAAAGGGGUAUCAUUCCGGAGUUUCUUGCUGUGUUGUGACCUUCUCAGUCAUGUUUGCCACACAGCAGUCCAAUACUGUAGAGAUGCCCUAGGGAGUCAUCUCCACGUUAUUGUGGGCACGCUAACACCUAUAGUAGGAGAACAGCCUGAAAACCAAGAAGAGGUAUUGAGCUUGUUGAGGUACCUAGUGAUAGAAAACAAGGACAAUGAAAACCUCUAUGACGCAAUCAAACAUUUAGAUCCUUUCCCUGAUCAUCCUGCUUUUAAAGAACUGCGUACUGCUCAGCAAAAUAUAAAAUACAGUAAAGGGAAUUUUUCUCUUCUAGAGGAAAUUAACCAUUUCCUAUCAAUAAAUAUCUCUGACUCGCUGACUCUAACAAGACUUGAAGGCUUAAAUGAUUUGCGCAAACAACUUGAACACCAUAAAGAUGAGAUGAAGGACCUUAUGAAAGAAUUUCAGGAAAAUCCAAAGGACUGUAUAAUAUUGAAGCUGAUGGCAUGUUUAUUACAGCUCCACAAAACAGCUGUAAAUGAUGUUGACACAGUCUUGGAGGCAGUUGGAAGGUGUUUGGGAGAAAUUGGUCCUAUCAAUUUUUCUACCACAGCUUUACAGCACCAUAAAAGUGCAUCCUACAUGAGUGCAGUCGAUCUUUUUGAAGAUAGAGAACUUCAGUGGGUCUUCAUUAUAUUAACUAUCAUAAAUAAUAUUUUAACAGAUCAAUGCAUUGAAGUCCGAUCAGCUGCAGCUGCUUGUUUGAAAAACAUUUUAGCCACCAAAACUGGUCAUCAAUUUUGGGAGAUUAACAAAAGCACAGCAGAUACCAUGCUGAUAUAUCUGCAUCCUUUCAGGGCAUCUAAGAAAAAGGUCCUAGAGGUUCCUGACAUUGCAAGGAAGACUCUUUCUGAUCUGGAUAAUACAAAUCUGUGGAUUCCUCAGAAUGGAAGCCAUGAUAUUUGGAUUAAGACCUUGACUUGUGCAUUAUUGGAAAGUGAAGGAGUAAAAAGUGAGAUCCUUCAGUUACUGAAGCCCUUGUGUGAGGUUCAAACAGAUUUUUGUCAGACAAUCCUUCCAUACUUGGUUCAUGAUAUUCUGCUUCAGGAUUCAGAUGAGGCUGGGCAAAAUCUUUUGUCCACACAUGUCCAAGUGUUUUUUGCCAACUGUUGCAAAUAUUCUUUGCCUUCUAGCAGGUCAUCUACACCUGCAAAUUCAGAUCCAGAUUUAGAAACCCCUGUUUGUGGAAGAUUGGAUAAAAUAUCUCGACAGACAAUGCUUGCUGUGGUUGAUUACUUACGGCGGCAAAAGAGGAAUCCUUCUAGUACAGUUUUUGAUGACAGUUUCUGGCUGGAGCUCAAUUACCUUCAGGUUGCCAUGGCAGCCCAGUCUUGUGCUGCUCAUUUCACAGCUUUGCUCUAUGUAGAAAUCUACGCAGACAAGAGAAACCUAAGCAAAGAGCAAAGGUCUACAUCCAAAGCAGCUAAAUGUCUAAUGUUUGAAGGGGAAAGUCAGAGUUUAAAACUUGCUGCUAUGAGUGGAAAGAGCAAAGAAGAAACUGGAAUAAGUUUGCAGGACCUUCUCAUGGAUAUAUACAGAAGCAUUGGAGAACCAGAUAGUCUCUAUGGCUGUGGUGGGGGGAGAAUGUUGCAGCCAUUAGCUAGGAUAAGAACAUAUGAGCACGAGGCAGUGUGGGGGAAAGCCCUGGUAACAUAUGAUCUUGAAACAAGUCUUCCACCUUCAACUCGGCAGGCAGGAAUAAUAGAGGCUUUGCAGAAUUUUGGCCUGUGUGACACACUGUCCAUCUACUUAAAAGGACUCGAACAGGAGAACACAGAAUGUUCUGUGGAAUUACAAGAGAUACGUUAUCAGGCAGCUUGGAGAAACAUGCAAUGGGACCAGAUAUCUUCAGUCAGAGAUGAGCUGGGAGGACAAGGCUACCAUGAAUCAUUGUUUGAAGCUCUGCAGUGUUUAAAGGACAAAGAGUUUUCUACUUUUUAUGAAAGACUGAAGUGUGCUAGAGUCAAGGAAGUAGAAGAGCUAUCUAAAGGUAGCUUUGAGUCAGUAUAUUCAUUGCUGCCUACACUCUGCAGACUGCAAACUAUUGGAGAGCUGGAAUACGUAGGACGGCAUUUCUCUGGAUCUUUUACCAAAAGUGAACUGAAUUAUAUGUACCUGAAGUGGCAGAAACAGUCCCAGCUUCUCCAGGACAGUGACUUUGGAUUCCAGGAACCAAUCAUGGCUCUCCGGACAGUAAUUCUGAAUAUCUUGCUGGAGAAGGAAAAUGAGAAUGCCAAAAGGGAAUGCAUUAAAGACAUGCUUACCAAACAUCUUGUGGAACUGUCCAGAUUGGCUCGAGUGGCAAAAAACACUCAGCUUCCAGAAAGAGCAAUGUUUCAAAUAAAACAGUACCAUGCAACUGAACAUGAGGUAUCUGAAUGGCAACUGGAGGAAGCUCAGGUGUUCUGGGAUAAAAAAGAAGAAAGCUUGGCACUGAGUAUUCUUAAGGAGAUGAUCAAAAAGCUGGAUGAAGAUUGGUCCAAGGCUGAGAAAGACCCACGCCUGAGGUUAACUUACACAGAAUGCCUGAGGUUAUGUGGCAACUGGUUAGCAGAGACUUGCUUGGAAAAUCCUACAAUCAUUAUGCAGAAUUACUUGGAAAAGGCAGUAAAAGUUGCUGGGAGCCAAAAUGGUGCUGGUAAUGAUGAGCUGAAAAGUGGAAAGAUGAAGGCUUUUCUGUCUCUAGCUCGUUUUUCUGAUACUCAGUAUCAAAGGAUUGAGAACUAUAUGAAAUCAGCCGAAUUUGAAAACAAGCAAGCUUUGUUGAAGAAGGCCAAGGAGGAAGUUGGCCUCCUACGGGAACAUAAGGUUCAGACAAACAGAUACACAGUCAAAGUUCAACGGGAGCUUGAACUCGAUGAACGUGCAAUUCGUGCAUUGGGAGAAGAUCGCAAACGUUUCCUGUGCAAAGCAGUUGAGAACUACAUCCGUUGUUUACUGAGUGGAGAAGAACAUGACAUGUGGAUCUUCCGGCUUUGUUCCCUCUGGCUUGAAAACUCUGGGGUUUCUGAAGUCAAUGCUAUGAUUCAGAGGGAGGCGGAUAAAAUACCAUCCUACAAGUUUUUACCUCUGAUGUACCAACUGGCUGCUCGAAUGGGAACCAAGAUAAUAAGAUUUCAUCAGAUUUUGAAUAAUCUUAUAGCUAGAAUUUCUCUAGACCAUCCACAUCAUACUCUGUUUAUAAUCCUGGCCUUGGCAAAUGCUAAUAAGGAUGAACUUUUGACAACACCAGAAACAGCAAGAAGCAGGCUAACUAAAAAUGCACCAAAAGAAACAUCUCUGCUUGACAUGGAUCGAAUGGAGGCUGCUAGCAAUAUAAUUAACAUUAUAAAACACAAAAGAGCUGAUAUGGUGACGAGUGUUGAAGCCCUUUGCGAUGCUUAUAUAAUCUUAGCAAACAUGGAUGCCACUCCCUGGAAAACACACAGAAGAGCCAUAACUAUCCCCUCUGAUCAGCCUAUUACUAAGCUAAAGGAUCUAGAAAAUGUUGUUGUACCUACCAUGGAAAUUAAGGUGGAUCCGAGUGCAAAGUAUGAAAAAUUAGUUACAAUAAGAUCAUUCAAGCAAGAAUUUCGCUUAGCAGGAGGUGUCAAUCUACCAAAAAUAAUAGAUUGUGUUGGAUCAGAUGGGAGAGAGAGGAGGCAACUGGUCAAGGGACGUGAUGACCUGAGACAGGACGCUGUCAUGCAGCAGGUUUUCCAGAUGUGUAACACUCUGCUCCAGCAAAAUACUGAAACCAGAAAAAGAAAAUUGACUAUCCGUAGAUAUAAGGUGGUUCCCCUUUCUCAAAGAAGUGGUGUCCUAGAGUGGUGUACAGGAACUAUUCCUCUGGGAGAUUUCCUCAUCAAUACUGACAGCAGUGCUCACAAAAGAUAUAGGCCGAAGGACUAUAGCAACUUACAUUGCCAAAGGACAAUGAUGGAGGCACAAAAGAAAGACUUUGAAGAGAAAUAUACCAUCUUCAUGGACAUAUGCCAGAAUUUUCAGCCUGUAUUUCGCUAUUUCUGCAUUGAAAAAUUUCUUGAUCCAGCGGUGUGGUUUGAGAAACGCUUGGCAUAUACCCGCAGUGUUGCUACUUCAUCAAUAGUUGGCUAUAUACUUGGCCUUGGAGACAGACAUGUUCAGAAUAUUCUGUUAGAUGAGCAAACUGCAGAACUGGUGCACAUAGAUCUAGGUGUUGCUUUUGAGCAGGGCAAAAUCCUCCCUACCCCAGAGACUGUACCUUUUAGGCUAACAAGAGAUAUAGUGGAUGGGAUGGGCAUCACUGGUGUAGAAGGAGUCUUCAGGAGAUGCUGUGAAAAAACUAUGGUAGUUAUGAGAAAUUCCCAAGAAGCUUUGUUGACUAUUGUAGAGGUGCUUCUGUAUGACCCUCUUUUUGACUGGACCAUGAACCCUUUAAAAGCUUUGUAUCUACAGCAAAGGCCAGAGGAUGAGGUUGAUGUCAGCUCUAGUCUAAAUGCUGCUGAUCAGGAAUGUAAUAAAAAGGCAAAUGGUGAUAAUCAGACUUUUAAUAAAGUGGCAGAACGUGUCCUGAUGCGACUUCAAGAGAAACUUAAAGGAGUGGAAGAGGGAACAGUGCUCAGCGUGGGAGGUCAAGUGAACCUUCUCAUACAGCAAGCUAUGGACCCAAAAAAUCUCAGCCGCCUCUUUCCAGGGUGGAAAGCGUGGGUAUGAACAUAUAUGGCUGGUUUUCAGGAAUAAGAAGCAAAUAGGCUUUAUUUUGGAAGGAAAGUGGUCAGCAUUUCAUCUUUUAACUGUUCAUGGAGAAAAUAAUAAUUUGAAAGCUGUUGAACCAGGGACUGUGUGUUUAUAAAUACUCAAACAUGUUGUAAUUUUGUCCUCCUUGCUCAUAAGAAGUCAAAAUCUGGGCAUCUUGGAUUGGCAUGCAAGCACAUUGUUUGUCCCUGAUCCCAAGAAACAAGGAAAACUAUUUAUGUACAGAAAGUAAAUACUACUAUAAUAGGUUUAAACAAAAUGACAUGAUGAUGCUUUUUCAUAAAAAUUUACUUCGUAACAUAGGAAUGCUGCUGCAAUAAUAGCACUGCUCUUUGUGGGUGGUGUAUUUAAAAUGAUCAAUAUCUGACGUGUUGGAUUUUGCACAGUGGUCCCUUGUCAACUAAGAAGCCAUUGCCAGAUUUUUAAGAAUGUACCCAGGCUACAGAUGUGCAGCACUGUUUUUGAGAAGUGCACCAUCCAUGUAGAGCAGUGAUUCUCAAACUUGGGUCCUCAGGUGUUAUUGGACUUCAACUCCCAUAAUCCCCAGCCUCAGUGGCCUUUGGUUGCGGAUUAUGGGAGUUGAAGUCCAAUAACACCUGAGGACCCAAGUUUGAGAAUCACUGAUGUAGAGUAACAUUACCAUGCACACUACUUGUGGAAAUAGCUGGGAGCCCCUGAUUAAUGGUGUUUAGAAUAUAGAAGUGAAGUUGCUCCUUGCUUUUAAGGCUGGGGACAAAGACUGACAAUUCUCCCCCUUCAUAGAUCAGACUUAAAACUGACAUGUAUAGUACAUGAGCAGACUUUAAACUGACAUACAAAAUACAUGACCAAAAAGAAGGCUCAAUUUCAAUACUGGGAGAGAAAUAAACAUAAACUAUGUUCAGUUAUAUGUACAAUGUAAACCUUUACUGUUGAAGAUACAGUGUUUUACUUCAGCCAUUUUAUAGCUGCAAUUACUUGGCUUCAGAAGGGUGAACAGGUAUAACGAAUGUAUCAAUAUACACCCCUGAACUGUGGGUGCCCUUCUGCUUUUUAUAAGUGCUGCUGGAAAUACCUUUUCUUACAAACUGAAAAUCUCAAAUGGAAGUUUUAGUAGAAGCUAACAAAAUCUUACCAUGUGCAAAAUGUAUUUUUAUGCCUGUUCUAUAUCAUGGAAAUAGUGGCCUUAUCCUACAUUUCACUUUUUUAAAAAGAAAAUUCAGUUCAGUGAUUGCAUUACUGUUUCAAAGAUGCAAGUUAGUCUCAGUGGACAGCAUCCAGACUAGUACUUGAAUGAACUGCAGACAGACCCGCUCACGUGGGCGCUCGGAGGAAUAUUUGCUCAGCCCUUUUCCCUCUGUGCCUCCCUGAAAAUAUAUCCUUGACGGCUGGGGGACCCUCAAGCAAGUUUUCGAGGGCUAUGGGGGCAACAGAAGAAAAGGGGAAUGUGGGGCGGGGUGGGGGGGGAUGCACCUCACAUGGAAUGUUUUCCUUUUCCAGGCUACUAGUAUGGAUGUUGCCCUCUGUUUUUAAAAUGGGUCCUGUUGAUUAUGUGCAUUGGAUUCAGCAAGGGCAUUAUAAUUUAUAUGAACCGACUAUGUUAGUAAGCUAAAGUAUGUGAACCAUAGAUUUGCUUCUUUAUAUUAUACUAUCUGGAACAUGUAUGUUUGUAUUGUUCACAUGGAAAGAAUAAAUUUGAACUUAGAAGAAAGUGACAGAAUUUCUUGCAUAUGUGCAAUAAAGUUAAGCUAUUUUGGACAAGCA